AGCAAAGGGGAGGGAGAGAGAAAGAGAGAGAGAGGUAGAGCACCACACACAACGAGGGAACCCCAUCAGCUGGAAGUCGAGUAACAUUACAACUCUCAGCAGCCUGAAACUACUACAUUUCAUAGCCGAGGGAUUCAUAUCUUCUCUGAGGAUUUAACCCGGAUCACUGAUUUUUUGCUCUCUAACGUCAUCAUUCUUCUUUUAUUCUACCAAGACUGUUUGCUGUUUUUUUGAGAGGGGGGGGGGGACCAAACUGGCGAGAGGCGAGCAUGGAGUAUUUCAUGGUACCAGCUCAGAAGGUGCCCUCCUUGCAACAUUUCAGGAAAACGGAGAAAGAAGUGAUUGGAGGUCUUUGUAGUCUGGCCAACAUUCCUCUGACCCCAGAAACAGCCCGGGACCAAGAGAGGCGAAUCCGCAGAGAGAUUGCCAACAGCAACGAGCGUCGGCGUAUGCAGAGCAUCAAUGCUGGAUUCCAGUCACUUAAAACACUCAUCCCACACAGCGAUGGAGAAAAGCUCAGCAAGGCUGCCAUCCUGCAACAGACCGCAGAGUACAUUUUUACUUUGGAGCAGGAGAAGACGCGGCUAUUGCAGCAGAACAGUCAGCUCAAACGAAUCAUACAAGAGUUAAGUGGCUCCUCCCCGAAAAGGAGGCGUGCAGAGGAGAAGGAUGAAGGGAUUGGUUCGCCAGACAUCCUGGAGGAGGAGAAGACCGAAGAUUUGCGGAGGGAGAUGAUCGAGCUGAGGCAGCAGCUGGAGAAAGAGCGGUCAGUCAGGAUGAUGCUGGAAGAUCAGAUGCGUUCCCUGGAUGCGCAGUUGUACCCAGAGAAACUGAAAGCGAUCGCACAGCAGGUCCAGGAGCAGCAGGCCCCGCCACAGAGCCUUGUUCGUCUGCAGCAGCACAAGCAGCUGGAGAGGGACCUCACUCCAGCUCACAGCCCACAGGUGUUGGCCCCGGCAACCCCUCCUGCACCUACACACCAUGCUACGGUCAUCGUCCCUGCACCUGUCCAGCCCGCUCAAUCCCAUCACGUCACCGUGGUAACCAUGGGCCCGACAUCAGUUAUCAAUACAGUGUCCACAUCUCGACAGAACCUGGACACCAUUGUUCAAGCAAUCCAGCACAUUGAGGGCACCCAGGGGAAGGGUUGUGUCGGCGAGGAAGAGCAGCGAAGGGCAGUCAUCGUCACUUCAGGUCGCAUCCUCUCCGACGCGGCGGGUUCAGACACCGCCUCAAACAGCGACGGGCCUGACGACUGUUCACUUCCCUGAGUUCAUCCCACGGCGUCUCAUGCGUACACUUAACACGCAUACACAGAAAAGGCCCGCGCAGACCAGGGCUAUGGGAGGCUUCAAACCCACAGCACUCUUGCUCAGUGGACAUUAAUUGGGCUGGUAGACAGAUUGAAGCACUCGUCUUUUUUCUUCCUUUUUUUUUUUUUUUUUUUUUUUUUAAUUUUAUUUUUUAAUACACACUCUUACAUGUUGUACCGUUAUAGGCAGCCCAGAUAGGUUAACACUUAGACACUCAUACAUACAGUUUCUUCUGCGUCUUUUCUCUGCUUAUCUCUAGCCCCCUGCUAUCUCACUUAAACACAAACUCAUGUUCAUUAAUCUGUAGAAAGGUUAUUAGAGCAACUACUUCACUGACUGAUCUAUAAAUGCUCUGUCAUACGGGAUACUAGAAUUUCGAAUGUUUGCGAAACAUCUCCAUCAACCGCCGGGAUUGUUUGUCUCUUUAUUCGGCCCCGAAGCCAUGUGACUUAUCUGCGAAACAGGAGACAAGACAGGAGUCAAUGAAGAGCCCAGCAGUGUAGCGUCAUCACCACCCAAGACCAGAGCAUUUCUGCUAAGAUGAACAUCCUUUAAACCUUCUCAUCCUGACCCAUCUGAGCUGUUUGGAGAGACACUGUGAGCUUACAAAACUGUCUCAAAGUUACACCUUUUCAGGCUUCUGGGUGAAAGAUUGUAUCGUUUUACUCUUGUGAAGUCUACCUUUUCAUGUUCGGUUUCUCUAAGGCUCCCACAGCCAGCAAGUUAAAGUGAUUGUACUGGAAAAACACGAAAAAGCACCACGCUGACUGCAAUUUAAAAGCUAUUGUCAUGGCUGGCCAGUGCGCUUACUGGUUCACAACUCUAUUUGUUUGUUAUCAUUUUUACUGGGCUGGGUUCCCAGUAAUCCCACAUAUGUAUUUGGCAUGUUUUUCAUUUUACUCAUGGCCUAAAAAAAAAAAAAAAAGACAAAAAAAAGAAAAGAAAAUCAGUGCUUUGACAUACCUUCCCUUGUUGAAUACAAAAGCACCUAGCUUGUUAAAUAAGCUAAUUUGUGGGCACUCCUCAGUGAUUUCCACUGUUGUGUGUGUGUGUGUGUGUGUGUGUGUGUGUGUGUGUGUGUGUGUGUGUGUGUGUGUGUGUGUGUGUGUGUGUGUGUGUGUGUGUGUGUGUGUGUGUGUGUGUGUGUGUGUGUGUGUAUAUGUAUGUGUAUGUGUGUGUGUCCCUUUUAGCCUUUUCAAUCAGCAUGGCGUUAGUGGUUCCCCAGACUCUGGCAGUCUGCAACAACGCCACUUUUGCCUUGAAAUUAAGGCACACGCGCGUGUGUGUGUGUGUUUUGUGCAUAACAUUCACACAUACAAAUAUGACUGACAUACAAUCACUUGUUUGCUAAAUCAUAAGGGCUGGUUUUAUUUAGCCCUUAUCAGUGUAGUUUCUUGUCCAAAUGUUAGGACAUCUAUCCAAGCAGAGUAUGCUUCAAAUAUGGAAAUAUGGAGGAAAAUGCCCAGUGAAAUUGUUUGAAUGUGCCAUGGAGGUGACUGGGUCAACCACACAUGCUCUAUGCAUUUCCUUACAUAGAUCAUUUGUCCUUUUGUGCGCUUUUUGUCUAGUGUACCACACUAUUUUCAUAUUUCAGCUUAGAUCUAAAUGUGUUCUUUGCCUGGAACUGUUGGUUGACAGAUUGACAUAUAAGACGUAGCUGAGAGAGGCAACAACUUGCCUUACUAAUAGCCUGUGGGUGCAGGGAGGCACUGUGAAGCCAGCCUUAACACAGCCCUGGGGUCUGAGAGACGUACCUGAACACUUGAUCUGGGCCUUUCGGUGGCCACUGGAAUCCCUCUGGUUUUCACUUUGCCUUUCCAAAGAGGCUUGUUAACUCCCAGGGUGUGUUAGCAUAUAUAUUCACAGUUUAUUUUGUCUAUUCUACUUAUGUUUGUUUUAUUGUGUUUGCCUCAAAAAUGAACAGGUUGCUGGUAUAAUAAUUACAUUUAAGCGCUCCAGAUAACCCCCCCCCCCCAAAAUGUUUCUGAAUACUUACUUCUGGUAGGAUUUGCAUGUAGAUUUGCAACUGUUUUGGCCCCAUUGUGUGCACUAUUAUCAUCACAUGUGUGGAUAAAAAUUCCACAAUGAAAUGUUGACAUUCCAUGACAUUUUACUCAGUUUUUCACAUCAGGUGACUUUUCAAAUGUUAAACCUGAUAUAUUAGAGAUUAGUUACAUUUAGGGCUUUUAACAAAUCACUGCUAUUUUACAAUUGCAUUUAGUAGAAUCCCCUGCACCAACAUAUAGAUGGAGCUUUGAAUUGCAGGACAGAUAGACUUCAUCUAUCAUGACUUAUGUCAUGGAAUUGCCCUUUAAUAAAAUAUUGAUGUCAGCUCCACUGAAAUUAGUUAAAUAUAAUCAUGGGACAUUUUCCCAGUACUUAUCAUUAAAGGAAGGGGAUUCCUGGAUAUUGAAAACAUUGUUUGAAUGCUCUGCUCUUUGUAGAGCCCUGACUUUUUCCUCUGAGUAUCUGCAUUUGAGAGUCAUCUGCUGAAUCCCAGAGCUGUUUUCUUUUCCAUCUGUGUUUUGCACUCUUUUCUGUGUCUUAGGAAACGUAACGUGGACAUAUCAGAUUGUCAGAUAAGUGGGAUGGGCCCGGGAUCAUUUAAUGGCGUCAAGAUUACAAAGCACUUACUGUACUAUACUGGAGUCUGCCUCUUUGUUUCGUAAAAAGGGGCAUUUCUUCAGCUGAAGCUCUUGAGGUUAUGAGUAAAAGCCGCACAGCUGUGUAUCCCCCUUUCCUUCCAUGUCCAGUUCUCUUAACUUGACCUGUUUGUCCCUCGCAUCCUUUUUAUUUUUUUUUUUGUUCUUUUGCAAUCUUUUAUGCUGUUUUUGUUUAUCUAUCGUCAGUAUCUCUUGUCGCCCUUCACAUUUUGCAACUCCCUCCUCUCCCUCUCUUUUUGUGUAUCCUCUGUACCUUUUUAUGUUAGACCUGUCGGUGCAUAUGGUCAUCAAGAAGCUAUUUUUUUUUUUUCUUUUGUUUUGUUUUUUAAGAGAAAUGUUUUGGGGAUAAAGAGGCUUGUGCCUUUGUAAAGACAGAAUAAUAAAGUUUGUACUUUGUUUUUUACA